UCACACUUUACUUUUGCGGGUUUAUGAAUUGUGAUCACUGAGAUCGCCACUGUAGUGCUGUGGUGUUGAAUUGUUGAUUUGGGAGAGAGAAAGGGAAGAUGGGAUUGAAAGAAGAGCAGCUGGAUUACGUUCUGGUGCCUGCGGGCAUCGCAAUAAUGGUGUCGUACCAUGCCUGGCUUCUCUUCACCAUUGUCCGGAACCCCACUAGAACUGUGAUCGGGAUCAAUGCUGAGUCUCGCCAUAGCUGGGUCCACUCCAUGAUGUCUGAUCCAAUUAAGAACGGUGUUUUAACUGUUCAAACAAUACGGAACAACAUAAUGGCUUCAACACUUUUGGCAACCACAGCUAUCACUCUCAGCUCGAUAAUAAGUGUAUAUGUGAGUGGAAAAUCCGACCCUGCAUCAUCUAACCUUCUUUAUGGCAACAAAACUGCAAUUUUGUCUUCUGUAAAGUUCUUCACCAUCUUGCUAUGCUUCCUCGUAGCUUUUCUCUGCAAUGUGCAGUCUAUUAGGUAUUAUGCCCAUGUUAGCUUCUUAGCUACGGUGCCCACAUUCAAAGAUAGUACAGAUUCUAUAGAGUAUGUUGCGAGAAAUUUGAAUCGAGGGAGCUACUUUUGGUCACUUGGGCUACGGGCGUUUUACUUGUCAUUUCCUCUCUUUCUUUGGGUUUUUGGGCCCAUACCAAUGUUUGUGUGUUGUUGUGUACUGUCACUUGCUCUCUACUUCUUGGACACAACUACAAGCUUUACCAGGGAUCUCCAUUGUCAGUCUUUUAAACGGAAAGCAAAUGAUGCAUAGUCCUUCAAUAGUUUGUUUGAGGAGGUGAUUAUAGAUUGUGCUAGAGGAGAAGGUGAACUAUACGGGUAUAUCUCUGUUGAUUGAUCUCUGUUCCUCGCAAUACCUCAAUGUAAUACAACGUAUGUGUAUGUAUCGUCACACUCAGCUGUAGCCUGUAGGAAUCUACAGAUUUAAACAGUGCAAGACAAUAAAUAAACAUAUAUAGUUAUAUCCUAACACAAAUAGUCAAAUGCACUGCUGUAAAAUGAUGUUUAAUGUUUAAUGAUGUUUGCUCUAUUCAAAGA